AAAUUGAGGGGCAAAAUCAAAAUUGAGGGGCAGAAUCUCCAAUGGCGUCUCUGUCAUUCAAAUCUCGGAAUUUGGACUUUGUGCAAUCGAAGGAAUCUUCUUAAUAAUUCCACUGACAGUAUCACGACUUAGAUUCGUGUAUUGUUGGUUGAGUCAUUGGUGAUUUGCGCUGGAAUUUGCUUGCUCCGAAGUCUAGCAUGACAAACAUGACAAAUCUGGAAUGUAAUAAAAGUGAGGCUGCCAGAGCCUUAGAGAUUGCACAGAUGAAGCUUGCGGAGAUGGAUAUUUAUGGAGCUAAAGCAUUUGCUUUGAAGGCCCAGAACUUACAUCCUGACAUCGAUGGUGUUCCUCAAUUGCUUACAACCCUUGAGGUGUACAUAUCUGCGGAGCAAAGGAUAGAUGGCGAAGUGGAUUGGUAUAGGGUCCUUGGCGUUGAGCCCUUGGCUGAUGAUGAAACAAUUCGGAAGCAUUUCAAAAAACUAGCUUUUAUUCUCCACCCUGACAAAAAUAAAUCAGAAGGUGCAGAGGGAGCUUUCAAAAUUGUUUCUGAAGCUUGGAGUUGUUUGUCUGAUAAAUUGAAGAGACUUGCCUAUGACCAGAAGCGAUAUAUGCAGCGUAUACAGCACACAGUUCUGAAUGGGAAUUCCUCAUUGUCUGCUGGUCAGAAUGGCUCCUAUCAUUUUACUGACAGUAGUAAUCAGAAUGCGAUGAACCGAAUGAAUGCUAGACACCGAAAGCCUUCUCAACGUUCCCGACGUGCCGUCUCUAAGCCUGUUAGCUUUUGGACAAUAUGCAGUUGUUGUAGUUUACAUCUUGAAUACGAUAGGAAAUAUCUCAACAAUAAACUUCUUUGCCCCAGAUGUCGUAAAUCCUUUUUGGCUUUUGAGAUUCCACCCCCGUCGAGUAGGAGCAGUAUUUCAAAUGCGUCAAGGACUUCGUACGCUCAACAGCAGAAUUCUACACAGAACACAACCAACGAAAAUUUUUAUGCUACAGGAAGUGAGGUGGUUUCUCCUACAGAUAAAGGGCCAGCAUUUCAGCCGGUUGCACUUUUCAAAUCAGGAGACAUUGGGAGUGUGCCAGCACCAGCUCCGUCAGAUGCUCAAGCUACAGAUGAUGUUCAGCCAAAUUAUGACCAAUUAAAGAGAAAACAUGACGAUUUUUUGACAACUCCUGUGAGAGAGGAGGCCGUUUGUAGAAAAAAUCAUGCUGCCAGUAAAAUAGAUGCUGGUUUAGCUACUGGAUCUUCUAAUGCUCGUUCUGGUUUUUUACCUAAAGGAGAUAGGCCGAAGAAAAAGAGACACUUAGAUGAGGGAAGGACAGAUGAAAGAGAAAUGGCAAAUUUCAUGGCAACAAGGAAUGUAGUAGGUUUAUCUAGUUCUCAGCAGGGUAAUUUAAAGAUAGACGGGGGAAAUGCUGCUCAAAACUGUAAACCUAAUGGUGCAAAUUUCAUGGCAACAGGAAAUGGAGUAGGUUUAUCUAGUUCUCAGAAGGGUAAUUUAAAGAUAGACAGGGGAAAUGCUACUCGAAACUGUAAACCUAAUGGUGCAAGACAGCCCUCUCGGAUGGAUACUAGAAAUCUCUUGACGGUGAAGGCUAGGAUGCAGAUUGUCAAAAAGGUUAGUGAAUGGAACAUUGCCGCUGAGUCGAAGGAUUCAGUUAAUUUAAAGGCUUCAGAUAAAGAGAUGGUCAAGAAGCAUAAUGGAAAGGAAGAGGCUCCAUUAGGUGCCAUUACAACUGACUCUUGUUCUCCCAACAAUUCUGAUGUUGAUCCAGAUACAAAGGGCAUUGAUCCACUGUCAAUGAGUGUUCCAGAUCCCGAUUUUCAUGAUUUCGAUGGGGAUCGCGUGGAAAAGUCCUUCAGGGAUAACCAGGUUUGGGCUGUAUAUGAUGAUGAUGACGGGAUGCCUCGUUAUUAUGCCAUGAUUCACAAUAUGUUGUCAGUGAAACCGUUCAAAAUGCGGAUCAGUUGGCUUAAUUCCAAAAGCAAUAGCGAACUGGGUCCAUUGAACUGGAUUGCUUCAGGCUUUCCCAAGACCACUGGUGAUUUUCGCAAAGGGAAAUCUGUGACCAAUAAAUCUCUUAAUUCGUUCUCUCACAAGGUUAAGUGGACAAAAGGGGUAAAAGGAGCUAUUAAAAUAUAUCCCAGGAAAGGAGAUGUCUGGGCUCUUUAUAGGAAUUGGUCCCCCGAUUGGAAUGCAUCGACUCCAGAUGAAGUUGUACAUCAGUAUGACAUGGCGGAAGUGCUUGAAGAUUACAACGAGGAGAUGGGUGUAGCUGUUGCUCCGCUCUAUAAAGUUGCAGGUUUCAAGACAGUUUUUCGUAAGCAGUUCGACCCUACCAAAACCAGAAUAAUUCCAAGAGAGGAGUUGUUCCGGUUCUCUCACCAGGUCCCUUCUUACUUGCUUACAGGUAAGGAAGGUCAUAAUGCUCCUAGAAAUUGCGUGGAGCUUGACCCAGCUGCUACGCCUCUGGAACUUCUUCAAGUAUUGACAGACAUUCAGGUGGGAGAAAUGAUUCAAAGUGCUGGAAAAUGCAAGGAAGAAGAUAAAGUGGGAGAUGUGCAGAAGUUUAUGGAAGAACGGGCCUCGGAGAAUAACAAAACAACCAGUGGAAAAGCUACCUUAGUUGAUGCUGAUAAAGAUGUUGCGGCAGAAGGGAUGAAGAGGAAGGAAGAGGUAAUGAAAGGAGAAGAAAUGAUAGUAUAUAAACGGAGACGUUCAAAGAAAAGCCAGACGGUGCAGACCAACUGACGUGCAUGUAGAGGCGAGGCGAUCAUCUAUGAAGCCAUGGCGGAUCAAUUGUAAGAAAUAACGUUUGAUAAGCAUAGAAGUAGUUUUCUCUCCUUUUAUGUUUCGCUCUCUCGGAUUUCAUGCCGAUGAAGAGCCUUUAGCCUUUAUGCAUUUGCUGAUUCAAGCAGCAACAUGUCUUUUUCUUUUUUCUUCUACAUUUUGGAAGGACCACAGUUAUGUUGCUAGUUUUGGGAUCCCUAAGAAUUAUCAUCAGAUGUUAUCUGGUACUUGAAUUUAGUUGGGAGACCAACUCUUUGUUGUUAUAGAUAUUUACUUUGCAGGGCUCACCAUUCAGGGGUCUCAAUAAAAUGCAGGUAGUCAUUUCCUUUU